AUGUUUUUCGAUCAGAUAGAACAACUGGUGGGCGUGGAGCAAAUUCACCUAAUUAGUCCUAUACCUGAAAUUGAUCUUGUGGUUGUGAAGAUAACAGAAGACAAAUUCUUUUGGAUAACUAUAAUUAAUUUGUACAUACCACCUACAUGUUUAAUUAAUGAUUAUGCUGAAAUUUUUGAUUAUAUUGAAUAUACUGUAGACUUUACCCAUCCUGUAUUAAUAUUGGGAGAUUUUAACAUUCCAGAACUGAAUGAGUGUACGCUUGGAAAUAGAACAACUGGUUUUUACAAUACUUAUAAUAAUUUCAUAACAUUAAAUGACUUAAAACAGAGUAAUGCAAUUGUGAAUGUAAACAAUAGGUUACUGGAUCUGGUCUUAUCAAAUAAUCAAUUGAAUACUGAAGUAAUUAGGGAACCAUUACCACUUCUACAAGAAGAUGUGCAUCAUCCAUGUCUGAGAAUUUUUAUAGAGAGUGUUAAGCCAAACAACACGUUCUUUGAAGGUAACGGACACAACAUUAGGUUUAAUUUUAAAAAAGCCAAUUUUCCUCAAUUGUAUGCUGAAAUCGCAGCUAUUGACUGGACCGUAAUAAAUAACAUUGACAAUGUGAACUUAGCAUGCGAUUAUCUAUACGAUACUUUAUACAAAAUCUUCUCGAAGCAUGUUCGGACUUGUAAGUUCUCAAACUUGACCGAUACAUAUCCUGUUUGGUUUACUAAAACGAUAAUUAACAAUAUAAAAUUGAAAAAACAUUAUUGGAAUGAAUAUCGGAAAACUAAAUCUCCCCACAUCUUGGAAAAUCUUAGAUGCUUAAGACAACAAAUUGAGCGUGACAUUCGUAAUAAUUAUGACAUCUUCCUGCGUAAUACACAAAAUUCUAUAUUAAAUGAUCCCAAAACGUUUUGGUCUUUUGUAAACUCCAAGAAAAGAACAACCAGCAUACCAGGAGUUGUAGUACAUGAAGAUCAAGAAUUUUCAUCUUCUCAAGCAAUUGUCAAUGUUUUUGCUCAGUUUUUUGCGGGUGUUUAUGUAAAACAUGUAUGUGAAGAUGUCUGUGUAAGCAAGGACGACUGUGGUGGUGUUAACAUGAUGCACAACUUUAAGAUUGAUGAAGAUAUGAUAGUUAGAGCGGGUAAAAAACUAAAGAGUAACAGUGUUAGUGGUCCUGACAAUAUUCCGGCCUUCAUUGUUGUCGAUUGUGUUGCCCAGGGUUCGAAUUUAGGACCGCUAUUGUUCAUUUUGUUCUUUAAUGAUGUGUUAGAUAACAUUAGUUCUCAUGCGUAUCUGUAUGCUGAUGAUAAAAAAAUUGCCAAAGUCAUUAAUUCAUAUGAUGAUUGUCUUGAACUGCAACAGGACUUAGAUAAUUUCAUUUAUUGGU